UCCACCCAUGCCACCUUUCCAUUUGAGGAGACUGCACCUGAAAGUGGAACUCCUAGAUUUUCAGCUAACAUGUUCUUGACAGCACUCGCACUCAUCAUGCUUCAGACAGAAGCGACAGCAUUGGACGACUUAGAAGUUCACCAAACACCGCCGUAUAUGAUUAAGAAACUCAGGGAAGACAGCGUAAUGAGCUGCUCACACAGCAUCCGGGAUUACGAUGUCAUCCUCUGGUACAAACAUGACCGGGUUGGCAUGGUGCUCAUGGGCUAUCUCAAUAAUAACCAACAUAUGCUCGAGGAUGACUUUAAGGAGAAGGUGGACAUUAGGGGAAAUGGCCGGGAAAGCUCCAACCUGACAAUCAAAAACCUGAGUUUAAGCGAUAGUGCGGUGUACUUCUGUGCAGCUAGCACGGUGCUGCAGAUUGUCCCUAAAGUUGUCACAAAACACGCAAUGCUUAUCAGCGUUUGUCAAGUCAUGGGUGUGCGCUUUCAACAGCCCCAACACAAAAUAGUGCACGUGGCCUCCACGGUGGUCUUCAAGUGCAGCCACGAUCGCAACGAGGAAAUCAUAUUGUGGUACCGCCAAAAGAAAGGUCGCCAACCAAUCGAAGUGGUCGGGCUCAGCCGCAUGGGCAACCGGCCCUUUUACCAGCAGCGUGAUCCUCGCAUAGUCAUAAAGCGUGAAGACAAGAAGACAGGCUUUCUCAAUAUUAGCUCUGUCAGAGUGUCAGACACAGUUGUAGCAUGUAACUUAAAACAAAAUACAAAGCAGCAGCGUUUUCUACUUGCUACAUUCUGGAACAUUUGGUGCAAGGUACAUGCGUACUGUGCCACCAGAGCUUCGGAGAGUAGCUUUGACAGUGGAACAAUGCUAACCGUAUUAGAACCCAGUCGUGUCCCAAAUCCUCCCACAGUUACAUUGUUCAAACCUUCGCCAAAGGAGUGUACUUACAACAAGAAGACCCAGGAGAAAACACUCGUGUGCGCAAUCACAGGCUUCUUUCCAGACCACGUCCAAGUAUUCUGGCAGGUAAACGGGCAUAACGUCACCAAGGGAGUGGCCACGGACACUGGUGCCCUGAUGGACGGCGCCUUCUACAAGAUGACCAGCAGGCUGCAGGUGGCUGCAGAUUUAUGGUACAAGCCCAACACAGCCUUCACCUGCACAGUCAGCUUUUUUGAUGGCAAGAACACAACACUGCAUUCAAAAGAAGAGUACGGCAUUGAAGGUCAAACAGACAAAAUGACAAGAGUGGGAUAUUUGAGGUUGGUUCAGAGUGCCAAGCUGUCUUACUGUGUCCUCCUGGUCAAGAGCACCGUCUUCACAAUUUUUGUUGGCUUCUUGCUAUGGAAACGUCAGGGUCUGUCAUCAAAGCUGAUCCCCACAUAGCUGAUUUGAAGUUGCAAUAAAGGACAAUUGUGUGAAUAAAAAAUUGUGAGUCAUGUUGAAUGUGGAAAGUCUCUUUGUGUCAACUCGUGAUCUAGAUGCUGUUAUUUCGAAAGUUUAGGUGUUGUUGAUAUUAAGUCAAAUGAGGUUGCAGAAGGAGACAGGAUGCGGUGACGAGUGCUCAUCGUGCUAGGAAACAACAACGCAUAAACUUUGCACUUCACCACAACCUCCACCGUUGCACGCUGCACCUGCACACCUCUUAAACGCUUGUACAUCUUUUAUUUUGUUCUUAUUUUCUCGUAAUUGUGUAGGUAAUCAAUGAAGUGCAAUUACGAUGAAAUAAUUUUCUCCUUUAAAAAAAAAAAUAUUAAAAAGAAUAAAUAAAGGAGUAAGCCCAAGAAAUCAAUUCAUAUCAUUUUUACAUUUUUUAUGACGAAAAAAAUAAAAAUGCCUAAUUUGCAUUCAUUCAUUCCUACAUUUUAUUGAUGGAUUGCGUCUUUUCUUCGGUUUUCUUCAGGUUAAUCUUAUCGCAAUGCUAUAUUGUUACUGUCAAUGAUAGCGAUGAUGAUAAUAAACAAUAAACAACAAUUUGACAUGAACGCAACGUUGUGUUAUUUCGGCGCCCAUCUGGUGGCCAAAUGAGUAAAUGUUCUUUCAAACGCUCAUGUAUGAUUGCCUAUUGGACUGUAGCGCCACCCAUAGGAUUCAUUCGUUAACGACAUAGCUCUGCCGAUAACUGGUAGAAAAUGAGAAACUUGUUGAAUAUACUGUACGUUUUAAAAUGCAGUGGCGCCUCCAGAAAUUUUUCAUAGGGGUGGCCAGAUUGGGCCACUUAAAAUCUUGGGGUGGCACACCAAAACUAAAAGCCAUAAUUUCAGGUUUUCAUUAUAUUAUUGCAGUAAAAAGGUCAUUGGAAAACUAUCAGAAAUGGUAAAUGGUGUUCUACUUAUAUAGCGCUUUUCCACCUUUCAAGGCACUCAAAGAGACUUAAGGACACGGCUACUGAUAUACUUUGGUGUAUUGUGUAAUAUUUGAUGUUACUAAUGAUUUAAUGUGCAUAUUCCAUAACUGUCCAGUCAACAUUUUGAGUUCCACAACAAUUCUGUUUUAUUGUGUUAUGUAUAUAUUAGGCAUAAGGUGUACAUUUAACAAAACAAAAUACUGGGGAAAAGCAGGUGCUUGCAGAUUUGCAUUUGGGAUGAAAUGCAUAACUGAUGCUACAACAAUCUAACGAUAUAUUGGCAAGCGGGGUGGCCAGUGGGGUGGCCAACAAAUUUAUAGGGGGGCCGU